GCACAUGCGCAGUUCGCCGAGGGUUUGCACUUUGGUGCUUUUCAUUCAUGCAGAACUGAUUGCUGUAGGUGGACAUAAGGAACAUCGUUACACAAAGGAACUUGUCAAACUGCAGCAGAGAAAUUACUGCAUCUGAUGGUUUAUUCCUAGUUGUUGUUGGAUGUCGCAAUGGCGACCGAAACGCUAGGGUUCAACUGUUCCAAGUAAACAAAAAAAAAUG